GAACGCUCUCACGCAUCAACCGGCCCGGCGUACCGCAUGCUGCCGCUCAGCUUCAUGGAACAAGAACAAGGGUGGAUCACCGACCGUCCGCUCAGUUAAACCCACUGUAGCCGCCACUGCUGCUGUCACUUUUAGCACUUAUUCGCGCCUUCGUUCUUCCUUGUAGUUUCUGCUCUCUGCACUAUUUAGUUAGUGAAGAUGUCAGUUGUCGGAUUUGACGUCGGGUUCAUGAGCUGCUAUGUAGCGGUAGCCAGAGCCGGAGGGAUUGAAACGGUCGCCAAUGAAUACAGCGACCGGUGUACACCAGCAUGCGUUUCUUUUGGACCACGGAACCGAUCGAUCGGUGCAGCAGCCAAAAGCCAGGUCGUCACAAACUGCAAGAACACAGUCCAAGGGUUCAAGAGAUUUCAUGGCAGGGCAUUCUCAGAUCCUUUUGUGCAGCGUCUCAAAUCCAGCUUGGUCUAUGAUAUUGCACAGAUGCCCACAGGAACAACUGGCAUCAAGGUGAUGUACAUGGAGGAGGAGAAGGUGUUCAGCAUUGAACAGGUCACUGCCAUGCUGCUGACCAAGCUGAAGGAGACGGCAGAAAAUGCACUUAAAAAGCCUGUGGCCGACUGUGUUGUGUCUGUUCCCUGCUACUACACUGAUGCAGAGAGGAGAUCAGUAGUAGAUGCAGCACAGAUCGCUGGACUCAACUGCCUGCGGCUUAUGAAUGAGACGACUGCAGUUGCAUUGGCAUACGGAAUCUAUAAACAGGAUCUUCCUCCUCCUGAGGAGAAAGCCAGGAAUGUGGUGUUUGUGGACUUGGGCCAUUCUGGAUACCAGACAUCAGUGUGUGCCUUUAAUAAGGGCAAAGUCAAGGUCCUUGCUACAGCCUGUGAUCCAGAACUGGGAGGAAAGGACUUUGAUGAGUUUUUGGUCCAGCACUUCUGUGAGGAAUUCGGCAAGAAGUACAAGAUUGAUGUCAAGUCCAAACCCAGGGCUCUGGUCAGGCUCUACCAGGAGUGUGAAAAACUGAAAAAGCUGAUGAGUGCCAACUCUUCUGACCUGCCACUGAACAUUGAAUGCUUCAUGAAUGACAUUGAUGUUUCUGGAAAACUGAACAGGGGUCAGUUUGAAGAGAUGUGUGCUGACCUCUUGGGCAGAGUAGAGUCUCCACUGCAGAGUCUGUUGGAACAUGCCAAACUAAAGAAGGAGGACAUCUAUGCAGUAGAGAUAGUGGGUGGAGCUUCCAGGAUCCCGGCUGUCAAAGAGAGAAUCAGCAAAUUCUUUGGAAAGGAAUUAAGCACCACACUGAAUGCUGACGAAGCUGUGGCCAGAGGAUGUGCUCUGCAGUGUGCAAUACUGUCACCUGCCUUUAAAGUUCGUGAAUUCUCCAUCACGGAUAUUGUACCAUAUCCAAUCUCCUUGAAGUGGCAUUCAGCUGCUGAAGAAGGAGUGAGUGAUUGUGAGGUAUUUCCUAAAAACCACGCAGCACCUUUCUCUAAAGUGUUGACCUUCUACCGGAGAGAGCCUUUCUCUUUGGAGGCCUACUAUAAUUGCCCUAAUGAGCUGCCCUACCCUGAUCCCACUAUUGGUCAGUUUCUGAUCCAGAAAGUCGUUCCACAGGCAUCUGGGGAGAGCUCCAAAGUGAAGGUAAAGGUGCGAGUGAACAUCCACGGAAUUUUCAGUGUGUCCAGCGCCUCUUUGGUCGAAGUGCAGAAGUCGGAUGAGUCGGAGGAACCCAUGGAAAUGGAGCAGACUAAUGACAAAGAAGGAGAGACCACGAUGCAGACUGACCAGGAUGAGCAACAGGGACAGGGAGAUAGUCCGAAAGACACAGAAGACAAGACACCACGAGAAAAUGAAGAGAUGGAAACGACCACAGAGGAGAGCAAAAGUGAGAAGAAGUCUGACCAGCCCCCACAAGCCAAAAAGCCCAAAGUCAAAACAAAAGUACUGGAGCUUCCGAUUGAAAACAGUCCACAAUGGCAGCUAGCAGAUGACAUGCUUAAUCUUUUUGUAGAAAAUGAGGGUAAGAUGAUCAUGCAGGACAAGCUGGAGAAAGAGAGAAAUGACGCAAAGAAUAAUGUAGAAGAGUAUGUCUAUGACAUGAGGGACAAACUACACGGGAUGUUUGAGAAGUUUGUCAGCGAGUCUGACCGUGAUGCUUUGUCAUUAAAACUGGAGGACACUGAGAACUGGCUGUAUGAAGAUGGAGAGGACCAACCUAAGCAAGUGUACAUUGACAAACUAGCAGAGCUGAAGAAACUUGGCCAGCCCAUCCAGGAGAGGUUUACAGAGUCUGAGGAGAGACCUAAAGCUUUUGAUGAGAUGGGAAAACAAAUCCAGCAGUACAUGAAAUUUGUUGAGGCGUACAAAAUGAAGGACGAGCAGUAUGACCACUUGGAUGAGGCCGACGUCACCAAAGUAGAUAAACUGGUCAAUGAUGCAAUGAUCUGGAUGAACAGUGCCAUGAACCAGCAGAGCAAACAGAGUUUGACAGUGGAUCCCUCAGUUAAAGUCAAAGACAUUAAAGCAAAAACAGGGGAGCUUUUCUCUGCCUGUAACCCUAUUGUGACCAAGCCCAAACCCAAAGUGGAGCUUCCCAAGGAGGACACACCUGCAGAGCAGAACGGGCCCGUCAAUGGACAGGAGAAAGCCCAAGACGAAGCCACAGACAAGGGAACAACUGAGAACACAGGCAACCCUACAUCAGAAACCACAGAAAACAAGCCUGACAUGGACCUUGACUGAAGCAGCCUAACGCCCCCGCCCCCACCCUACUCCCUCCCCACGCAAAGUUGAAUGGGAGCUGGUUGUUUCAGAUUGAGAUGCAGCUUCGGUGUAUUUCAGAGAGCAAGUGCAGGCUUUCAGGAAACUGCACUCCACACUCAAAGCAAGCAGGGUGAUUAGCACACUGAGCAGUUCCUGGUGGUAUCUCUGUCUCAUGACAUAGCAUGCCCUCUCUCUUUCUGGAUGACAUAAAUAAAAAGCCAGCUGCAAUAAGCCUGUUUGACAAUGAGCGCUGUACACAUGAUGGUAUUUAUUUCUGUUGUGUGCUCUGUGUGUUCUGGUCUGUGUCACAAUAUGGUUUUAAUAAAGGUAUUGAAAAUCA